AUGUUUAUUUUUCUACCGCCUGAGCUUCUGGGUGCAAUUUUGGUGUUUCUGCCCGUUCGAGACAUAAAAAACUGUCGGUUCGUCCACAGUCGGCUCGCUUACGUGGGGUUUCCAUAUUUGACCCAAAAAAUCUUUAUCAGCAACUUUUGCCCCAAAUCGAUUCGAAACAUUGCGCAAUCUCCAUACGGGUCGCUCAGUCAAACAAAAGAGCUUGUUCUAUACAAUGGAGUAUGGAAGGGUCGCUGUUUGAACCCAGAAUUAUAUUUGCGGAACCUUCUUUUUUAUUUACCGUCAUUGCAAUCCAUCGAACUGUCGCACGAAUAUAUCAAGAGGUAUCCGCAAACACAUGCGAAAGCCCUUUUUCCGUUAUAUACCGUUGGAAACAGCUUUACAACAGUUCUCCGCGCAAUCGAAGACUCGUCCAAAGCCAGGAAGCUCAUAAUUACGGGCGUCCUGGAUACUCGUCACAUCCAAAUCGAAAAAGAUCUCACCUGCAUUACACACCUUUCCAUCAAUGCCCUUCAACUACCAGACAAAUUCGCCCUGCACUUUCUAACACAAUUUCCAAAUCUCGAGCGUCUCUCUAUCCAGUCAUCUCACCACUGGAUUAAAAGCAUACGGAUUUCACACUUGCGUUGGGGUGCGCUGAAGUGGCUGAAGCUAAAUAGCUUUUGCAUUUCAGAAGAUGACCUUUUGGAUUUCAUCAUACAUCAUCAAUUAUUAGAGCAGUUGAGAUUAGAGGACAUGUGCGUCGACGCCGGAUCCUGGACAUCUUUUUGUCUCCGUCUGCAGGCAGUAAGCAGAGAUAUUGCAGUUUUGUUCGAGGGACUCUUUUCCAGCCGGCCUCUUCAGCGACUGGGACCGAUAAUCUCAGGACAAAAGCUCCAAGACCUUGCAUCAGAAAGUCCAUUUUCAGUGAAAGUCUGUGGCUGA